AUGGAUGGCAAUUCAAUCAAGCCGCGGUUUACUGACUGGCUGCGCCGAUCUUCCAGCCAGACGAGUUCCGAGCCGCUGAACGCGGAACAGCAAAUCAUGGAUUUUCUAGGGGCAGGCUCUAGACAUGAAAUCUCUAGCGAGGCCUAUGAGCAACCACCUGCGUAUGGACCAGGGAAAUUGGCCAUGCCACACCAAGCGGACAGCAUUCACAUACGCCAACGCCAUGACGAGCCCGAAAUCGUGUAUAAAGCCCUCCCUCCUCCCCUUCGAUCCGCUUCACAGCCUCCUAUGCUUCCCUCUCCGAGUUCUGUCGGCCAUCCCCUUUGGAAGGAAUCACGACCGAGCACUACUUCCCCAUUCCGGCACUGGGAGAGAGGAUCCAGUGUUAGCAAGGUGGCUGUCAAUACUGGAUUGCAUGAGUGUCUCAGUGACUUAUUCCAGCCAUAUGUCGAAACAACCAAGCCAGCACAAGAAAUCACAAUCGACGACUGGCUGAGAGCAGCGAUCUGGUGGGCUGUUCGUGGAAAGGUCAUCCUAACGCGUGCACAAACCUCGAGUGACUCAAACUUCUUCACUGACGAAGAGGAUGUCAUUUCAUCAACGGAGAUAGCACAAGGUCUGAUUGACCUAGGCAAGGCAUGGUGGAUAUGUCACCAGGUCAUUGCCCAAGAUGACUUUCGAAUCAUUACUACCGACCCUCGAAUCAAAAGCACUCCUCGGGGCGCCCUUCUCGAUCAGUACCGCUGUGUCCUCAAAUAUCUGCGACCGUACGAUAGACAGUUGGAAACCACCUUCCUAGGGCGCACAGACUUGGGUCAAAUGUUGGAUCUUGAGAAAUCCAUUUGGGUCUUCUAUGCGCCCGCCACGUCUUACGAUGCUGCCAUUCUCAAUGACCAACGACUCGCCGCCUGGAGCAUACCCCUCGCCUUUGGCGACACAGAUGACUUCUUUCACUACGCAAGUGAGUUUGUUAUGGUGACCUUGUUUGCGCAGGAGGAAUACUCACUGGCACACUCAUUUCACUGCAUGUUCUCAAUUAUCCGAACCCGCUCCAGCUGGCAGACCCUGGGUGUGAUAGCAAGCCAAACACACCUUGUGCACAUCACGAUUCAAUCAAAUGGAAAACAAGGGCCAAAAUGGAACGAGAUUGAAUGGGACGUGGGGAAACUUUCGAUGCUCGUCAAGCUUCGCCAUGGUCUUUUCCUUGACGUCAAAUUCACGGAGGAAAAUUUCAAACAGUUCUGGGAGGCAGCUCAUCAGACCGUGUUGGCCGAGAUAGACAUGGUUGCCGGGCAGGAUGAAGAGAUUCUCUUCGAUGAGGCUCUUAAGUGUUGUCAUUAUAUCAACCACGACAAGCCCAUCGAGUUUCCUGCCAAGCCUGUAAAGGAAUGUCGUGCGCGUCUUUUCAAAAGAACCGCUACAGUGUCUUCAGGACCCAACAACCGUCGAGCACACCGUGGUUAUCGCCUGUUCAUCUCGACUCCUCCACACAUGAAGACAAUGCACCAAGUAUCUCAUGUCUUGGACAAUGCAUCUCCCGUGGUGUAUAGCCUGUUGGAUGCUGAUGACGGCACUCCUGGUCUGUUAUUGCAAAUAGUUGAGGACGGUCAAAAGCGCUCCGUGUUCCUCUACUUUCAUGAUGCUGAAUCGCGCACUUUGACACACUCGCUUCUUAUCGACCUAGUUCCCGGUCCCGGCGAGACUGCUCUCCGAACGUUUCCCGUUGGCUCAUAUUUUAUCCUCGAAUGCCAAACGCGGGAGCCGGGAGCCCAGGGCGCUCGUAAUCUUGAGUUCGGUGAAAGCCUAGCGUCAGUGAUUGAACAGGCGCAGGAGCCUGAGUUUACCUCCAACCCGUAUGGGAAAACAACUCUGUCGGAGACCUUGCGAGUCAUCGUUGAAUCGGACUGGGGAUCUAUUACGGACCGCAUCAACAUCGGGCCUGGUGAAUUAACGAUCGGUCUAUCGGUCCUCGACAAUACUGUCCUCCAUCUGCAUCGACACCCACAGCAAGACCUCACCAUCACAGUUGCUCAGGGCCUGGCCAGCGAUGAUCUUCAGAGCAAGGUCGCCGACGUGCUUCAAGCAGUUCAAUCAGGACCCACUAUACGAAGAAUCAAAUUUGAAACGGAAAAGGAUUUGCAUCAAUUCCAAGAAGCCAUCACUGGAUACAAAGUCAUCUUUGACACCGUCGCGACCCGCUUCUUUAUUACACGACGUCGGAAACUCCUCUCGACCCUGAAACACUGGGACGCCAAUAUAACUCGCAUUCAAGUCGUGCAACGUGGCACAAAGAUACAAAUAGUUGCUUUCUUCCAUCAAUUCAAACUCUGGAAAUGCAUAAACUUCGCCGUGAAGAACAUGGACGAGUUCGAAAGGGUCGAUCGAAAGGGUGAAUGGGGAGUGCGGAUCAAGGAAGCGAAGUAUGCGCCGCCAGCGGCAGACUCGGGGGUUUCCUGGUACGGAUUUGUCUGUUUGGAAGAGAUGGAAUAUCCGACUGAACAUGACGAUAUGAUUGUCAUGUUUGGCCAGCCAACGGCCUUCAGUCUGAACUCAUACUAA